AUGUCAUCGGAGGAUUUGAUGAAGACGUGGCAGCAGGUGGCACCCGUGCACUCGCAGCGCUGCUACGUCAGCAUCACCGUCGUGGACAACUUCAUCUACGCCAUGGGAGGGUUUGACGGGUACAUACAGCUCAACACAGCGGAGCGUUACGACCCAGACACCAACCAGUGGACCCUGAUCACCCCCAAGCACGAGCGGAGGAGUGACGCCAAAGCAACCACUCUGAACGGAAAGGCUCAGCCCAGACCCCAAGCAAGAAAGCCCAGCCCUUCCAAGCAGCUCUGGGACAAGGAGGAGGCCCUGAGGCUGCUGCUGAUGGGGCUGCUCUGCUCUUUCCAGAACUGCUGCAUCUGUGGCCAGAGCGGGGCCACCAUCCCCUGCUGGGCAAGACACUGUAACCUGAGCUUCCACCUGCCCUGUGCCAAGCAGGGAGGCUGUGUCACCCAGUUCGUGGCACCGUACAGGGCCUUCUGCCCCGCACACAGCCCACAGCAGGCAGUGGAGGCGACUCCAGAGCCGGGCACCCAAUGCCUCAUCUGCUUGGAGCCUGUGGAGGACAGAAACACCUUCAACACCCUGGUGUGCCCGGCCUGCAGAACCGCCUGGUUCCACAGGGACUGCAUCCAAGGACAGGCUCUGCAUGCUGCUCUUUUAUCCCUCCAGUGCCUCCACUGCAGAAAUGAUGACACAUUUCUCAGGGAUAUGAUCACCAUGGGGAUCCGAAUCCCCUUCAGAGCACCAUCAUGGGAGAGCAAUACUGCAUUCGCUGAGCUAGAAGAGAGACACAGGCGCUGCGAUGCCAGUGAGUGCCUUUGUCCAGGAGGCAGGCAGGAGGCAGAGGAGCAGGGGCCCUGGGAACUGCUCCUGUGCUCCUCCUGUGCUGCUGAGGGCACCCACAGACACUGCUCUGGCCUGAGGGACAGCAUAGCCAGCUGAGAAUGUGAUGGUUGUGCUGGUCU